AUGACCAUAGAUACUGUGAGCCAAGAGGAACCUGGGUUCUUCAACACCUACAUGCCAUCAGGUGGUGGAGGCAAUCGUGGCCAUCCGAACGGGAUCUUGAGGAGCGUGAUACCAAGGCACCCAAGCGAGGUUCCAGAGGCAAAGAGAGCUGAGGACGCCAUCAACCUGCUUCGCAUUGAGACCAGCUAUGUGACCCACAUGCGCAUCUCGACGCCAGAGGCCGUGGUGUCGGCCGCCUACCAUGCGCCUGCCGGAUGGAAAGAGAUGAAGGAAAGCAAUCCAGAGUCGCCGGGCAAGCCCCUUCGCUCGACCCUCAUCCACCAGAGUGGCCAAUCUCACUACCGAUGA